AAAUUCAAUGACAUAAAGCAGAAACUGGCGGGAAACAGCCCACGUGAGCUCUUAUCAGCUGAUUUCGAAUGAAUUCGUUCUAGAUGUCAAUUGUGAUAAAAUGAUGGUGAUUCAAUUUCAAUUUCAAUAAGUGGCUCCAGGCUUCACUAAGAAUUUCGCCCCAACAUCAUUACAUGGAUUGUAAACGAUGUAUUGAUUCGAAGAUGUAAUCGAGCAAUGAACACGAUUAGCACAGAGAAAUUUUACGGCGGCAAGGUAUGUAAGCAAAAACCCAAGUCCAACACUCACUGGGUGAAGGUACAUCGCGUCAUGCCGUCGCAUAUAUUGGGCCCGACGCAGUAUUGGAAGGAAUUUCCAAAACAAGCGGAUGCACUGGCCGCAGCUGCUGAACGUAGCACGAAAACCGACACACUUUGCACUUUCGUGUAUCAGCGAACCAGUGAUGGUAGCCGUAAAUUCGUCGUUGCACAUCCGGAGGUGUACUGGUGGUAUUACAAAGCCAAGCCGCAGGAGGAGAGAUGUUCAUACGAGGUAAUACCAAAAGGUUCGCCAUGCUGGCUAUAUCUGGAUUUAGAAUACCCAAUUCAAUUAAAUCCCCUCUGCGAUGGCUCACACAUGACUAGAACACUGAUUGACAUUAUACGCACAUAUCUACUUAAUCACUAUCACUUGUUGUGUGAUAGAAAUAGCAUUUUAAUACUGGAUUCUACUUCCAGUGAGAAAUUCAGCAGACAUGUUAUUUUUACCAUGAAAGACAUGGCUUUUAAAGAUAACUCGCACGUUGGUAGAUUCAUCAAAACCAUAUACAAUGAUAUUAUGUUUUACUUAAACUCUGAUAUCCAGUCACAUGGAAUAUUAAAACACUUCAACAAAGCAGACAUUGAAGAAAUGCUGGUGGUAACAAAGCAUGGCAAGAAAUUGUUUAUUGACAAUGGUGUCUACACCAAAAACAGACAUUUUAGAGUGUAUCUAUCCACCAAAUGGGGAAAACAAUCGUACUUAACAAUGUCUCCAGAUUGUACACAUACUCCAUUGAAUAAAUGUAAAGAGAAGGAAUUGGGAAUCUUCCUGGAUUCCCUAAUAUCAUAUUUUCCAAACAAGCCAAAUUUAAUUCUACUAGAGUUUCUCAAUCGUAGCAAUGUAACAGCUCAACUCUAUUCUAAAGUGUUAACACAAACUGUUCGUGAAGAUAACAACCAGACGUCACCAUAUCCCGAAAUAGAUAAAUACAUUCAAAGUAUCAUUGAUCCUGGCAAGAUACGAGUCACUAAAUAUUUUGAUAAAACGAAAAUACUAAGUUAUGAGAUUUAUGGUAACAGAUUUUGCGAGAACAUUGGCAGAUGGCAUAAAAGCAACAAUGUCUAUUGGAUUGUGGAUAUGAAUAAGAAUGAGAUAUACCAGAAGUGUCACGACGAAGACUGCUCGGGUUUUACGUCUGCUCCAAAAAGUUUACCAGAAGAGAUAAUUUUUAUGUUAGACACAGAAGGUGAUACUCUCAUAUCCAGUCUGAUAAUAGAUGAAAACAUUAUAUAAGACGAUAUCUUAGGAUUAGAAAAUCUUUUUUUUAUAAACGUAAACAAAAUUUGUAAAAAUGUAUGUACACAAAUAUUUCUGAUUGUGCCUUAAUAAAUUUAUUUUCAGCAUA